AUGAGCACGAGCACGGCCAGCAGCCGGCAGUUCUCCCGGCGCCAGUCCAUAGAUCCACACUCCAAGUCCAGCCAAGUAGCCGCUCAUGGCGCCCUUAGAGCCAACCCCGCGAUUCCGCCUCCCACGCCCAAGGGAAAGCCGGCGAAGUACGGGCUGGGCGAGGACUCGAUGAUCGGGCAGGAGAUCAGACACCUGGAGUCGGAGUCGUUCAACGCGGACCAGUUUAUGCAGGCCAAAUGCAAGGCCAUGAGCGAAAAGUCGUUGCGGAAGCUGUGCGCGGAGCUGGUGGACUUCAAGCGCGCGUCGGCGGAGGAGAUGCGCAAGAGCGUGUACGCCAACUACAAGUCCUUCAUCCGCACAGCAAAGGAGAUAUCAGAGCUGGAAGGCGAGCUGCGCAACGUGCGCUCGCUGCUCACAGCACAGUCCACGCUCAUCCACUCCCUCUCCGACCGCUCGCCCAUCGUCCAAUCCCACCUCUCCGACCCUGACCGCUCCGUCUACGAGGACGACAAGGAAGCUUCCUCGCAGGAGGCCAAUCUGCUGCAGAUCCCGGACAAAAUGGCCGUGUGCUUGGCUGAAAGGCGGAUAGACGAGGCCCUAGAUCUGCUGGCGAAAGGGGAGGAUGCUGUGGUGAUGUGCCGUGCGGGGCAGCGCCCAGCAGUGAAUAAAGACGCCCUGGAAACCCUAGAUACGAGCCUUGCUGAGAAGCGCGCCGAGCUUGUUGACCUGCUGGCUCGGGUCACCCUACAGCCGUCGGUUCGGCGAGCGGAGCUUCGGCACGCCGUGGCUGCGCUGGCGAGGCUCGGCGACCCGAAGCGGGCUCACACGCUCAUGCUGGCGUGCCACGGGGCUCAGGUGCAGGCGGCCGUGCAGCCGCUGCGCCCGGGGGGCGUAUCCUACGGUGCAGCUUACACGGCCAAGAUCUCACGGCUGGUAUUCUCCACGAUCCUGGCCGCAGCACAGGACUCCAAGGCCGUAUUCGGCGACACACCCUCCUGCGCCUCAGAGCUGGUGCUCUGGGCGCACGGGCAGACAGAAUGGUGCGGGGACCUGCUCCAGCAGUACGUGCUGACGUCGGCAGCGGCAGCUGGCGGGCUGCGAUUGGCCGCCGAGUGCGUGCAGAUUGCAGUAGGGCAUUGCUCGCUGCUGGAGGACCAUGGGCUGGCCAUGGCCGCCGUGCUCAUGCGCCUCGUGCGGCCCAAUGUGGAGCUGGCUUUGGAGGCGAAUAUACGGAGGAUAGAGGAGAGCGUGCAGGCCAUGGCUGCUGGGGACGACUGGUCGCUGCUGCCUGUGCCGUCGGCGCCGCGCAGCGCUGCGGCUCGGAUGCUGGCGGAUGCUCCUGUCGCGAAUUUCCGGCUUACCAGCAGCGCGUACCGGCUCUACUCCAUGGUGCAGGACUUUCUAGAGGACGUGGUGCCGAUAGUGAAUCUGCAGCUCACCACACCAACCCUGGACGGGCUAGCGCACCUCUACUCCCAGUACACCGCCAUGCUCAACCGCGCCCGCACCCCUGAAGACUCCUCUUCCGACUGGGACGCGUCCGCCUCCGCCGCCUUUGCCGCCUCCACCAGCCAAGCCGGGGGCCCCGGGGACGCCGGGGAGGGGGAUGGCAGCGGCGCAGGGGCGGCAGGGAUUGUGAACAAGGCUGUGACGGACCGGCAGCAGCUGGCUCUGAUUGCCAACGCGGUUACUCUAGCAGAGGAGCUCCCGAGGCUGGCGGCAAGGUUGACGCAGCCGGUGGCGGGGCAGCGGGCGAGCAGGGAGCAGCGGAGGAGUUCUGGUGGGGAGGCGAAGCGGCAGCAGCUGCAGGCGUGGAAGAAGCAGCUGAGCGAGGGCGUGGAGGAUCUGAAGAUGGGGUUCUGCAUGCAGAAGGCCACUGAGCUGCUGUACCCCGAUGCCUGCAUGGAUGAUGCUCUGCUGCCCCACCUCUACUUCCUCAUGGACCAGGUGGAGUCAGAUCCCUCGCUCUGGUUCAAUGAUGCGCAGCCAUCCGAGGCUCUCAAGAACUUUCUGUUCAUGACGCUGACGGUAUCGGAUGCGGCAUCAGAGGUGCUGGCGGGGCGGGACCGCCUGGUGCUGCAGCUGCUGACGCAGUACGGGCUGGCGCUGCUCACUCUCAUCUGCCACGACAAGGCCUGGGAGGACAGCCACAACUUUGUCGGGCCCACCGGGCUGCAGCAGUUCCUGAUGGACAUAUCGUUCCUCAAGGAGGUGGCGGCGCGCUACCACUUCACAUCACGGCAGCUGCAGCAGGUGGCCGACACGAGCAUGGAGCGCGCCCGCGAGUCCUUCGACCUCAACCGCGGCCUCGCGACUUCACGCGCCGCUGCGACUGUAUCGCGCGAUGCAGCUCACGUGCGUCCGCAUGCGACGGCAGCGCUGUCGCAUCCGCUUCGCGCACGCGGCAUUCGGGGUCUGCGAUCGGACAGCUUCAGGGGCAAUUCGACGAGAGCGGGGGCGAGCAGCCAAUCAGCUUUCUCCGUUCAAUGCAACCUCGUGCGCAAGGUGAACGGAAAGGAGCUGGACGCGCUGCUGUCGGGCGAUCGACCGCUGCCCAUGGUGAUCGACUUCUACGCCACGUGGUGCGGCCCCUGCAUCCUCCUCGCACAGGAGCUCGAACAGCUAGCAGUGGAGUAUCACGGCGAGGUGUUGUUCCUCAAGGUGGACACGGACGAGGAGUACGAGCUCGCCAACCAACUCGAGAUCCGCGGCCUGCCCACAGUGGUGUUUGUGAGCAAGGAUAAGUCAAAGCUUGCCGUCCGCACCGAGGGCUUGCUACCCAUUGCAUCCAUCAAGCAGCUGAUUGAGGAGAUGUAG